AUGGCUUUCUUCCAGCGUGCAGCAUCUGGUCACGCCCCUGGUGCUGGCUACCUUGCUCGGCUGACGAAACUGUACUCCGACACCAAGCAAUCAUACGAAUCGCUGACCUUGGCCACCAAUGCGAAAGCUGCGCUCGAGCAACAACGGCCCAGUGAAGCUGAUAGUCACGACGAUGCCGAGGUACGUGAGCUAAGACGGGAUUUCCAGAUCCAGCAGGACCGAUUGCUUGCGUGGGGCAUCAGCUGGAGCGAGAGCGGCGAAGAUACCGAAAGCUUCAGAGAAGGCGGCGAGAAGAGUCACGCUGGCGAGAAGGAUAUCGAUCGACAGAUCGAGAAGGCAGGGUUAGGCGAGGUGGUAGCGAGUGUGAUGAGCCAAAUCAAGGAGCUGCUGGACCAGAGUGGGCGAUUGCAGCAUCCGGAGCGAUAUGAGGCCAUGGGAGUUGGAAAAGGAACAAGACCAAAGAAGGAAUGGAGCCAGCACGAGGUCAAGACUGGAAGAGUACUUCUGGAGCAGCUGACCACUUGCAUUGAUGUCCUGUACAGUCUGAGCGAAGGAAAGGAGGGCCAGAGUGGGAGCAAAGAGAAGGAGAAAGAAGCGAGGCGAGAAAAAGGUCGGGGUCUGGAGGAUGACGUGGAAGAGGCUUACGGGUUCAGAAGAACACAGAGUCCGAAGCCGAUUGCACAGGCUGGAGAGGGCGAGAAGUGGCAUCCGCUAUAUGUCGAGUUCAACCAUAUCGAUUUCGAGUCUGGGACAGGCUUUGGAAUGGCGGACCCUCCACCCUACGAUGCCGAUUAUGUCGAUGAGCUGCCUCGAGAGCGAAAGGUUGGCAUCUUGAGAGGACAGAACAAGCCAAUCUUGGUCGAGUUUCUGACACCCGACAUCCCGCCCUAUGUGAUCGGGACGUCAGAUGAUGUCUUUGAAUUGCAUGAGUUGGGCGAGAAGCUGUGCCGGCAGAGGAAGAGUCUGUCGUGGUGCGGCCAUCUGAGGUUGGUCGGCUUCACUGUGGCGCAAAAAGGCCCGAGAUGUGGCAUCGUUUAUGAGUUGCCGACCGGGGUCGGACACCAGCAGCUUCUGUCCCAUCGGACUCUCGAAUCGGCCAUCACAGCCACGCACAACCAGGAUUCAACCCAGCCAAAUUUGGAGGACAGGUUUCGUCUCGCAUACAAUCUCAUGGUAUCGGUACUCGGUUACUUCGCCAACGGCGAUAGCCAUCGCCAUGUCAAUAGUAGCAAUAUUUUGUUGAUCGGCAAGGAAGCAACGCCUCAUCACCCUGCGAAGGCCGACACUCGUUGCCCCUUUCUGGUCCAGUCCUGCCAGGAUCUCGUUGCCCAGGGCAAGGCCACCGAGCCACUGGCUUCAGCCAUCUACCGCCACCCAGCGCAUGAUCCCCUACAGGCUGAGCAGGCGGUUCCUGCCUUCGACAUCUACAGCCUUGGUCUGCUUCUACUCGAAGUCGGCCUCUGGAUCCCGCUCACAAAGCUGUGGAAGGCAAAAUACGAUCGCCGUAUCUUCAUGGCUCGAGUACAGCAAAUCUACACUCAGAAGUUGGCUGCCAAAUGUGGCACUAAAUAUAUGCGACUGGUCCAGCGAUGUCUGCAUGCACCUGCCGAAUUGUUGGGUCGGGAUCAGCCCGAGGAUGCAGGUGCGCUCCUACUCGAGGUAUCGAAAGAGCUGCGACUGUGCCUUGCUCUCGACGAAGAAGGCAUGCCACCCACUACCGAUCUUGAAACUUUCGAGUUACUUAUUAUCGAGCAAAUGUGUAAGACUGAAGAGAGGAGGAACAGCAACCCCGAGCCUAGUACAUCUCUGCCACCUCUGCAAAUCCCAGGCUCACAGAAACCCGAGCGUCAAUACUCUGGUACGACCAAGGCCGGUGCUGAUGCUGUUCGACGCAAGCCGCUACGAGUUCCUUCCUCGGACGCCAUCCCCAUGCCUGUUGAAGCAAAAGCUCAAGAGAAAAAGAAGAAACGAUCAGCAUCCUCGCAGCUGAAGAAAUGGCCCGAACUACAAAUCGAUCAGCAGGACCUCGACCAGUGGAACACGUUGCUGAUGCCUCGACUCCGCAAAAUCCUCGAAGAUGCCCUUGGUGAGUCUCCAGAGUCUUGCAGCGUUAGCCUGAUGAAGAUCGGCGCCACUCCAGAAGCUGCUAAAACCACAAUAUGUGUCCAGUGCCAGAACACUGCCAAGGUACACGAAACUCUACGCAAGCGCUUCAAGCCAAAAAAGGGCUGGGGUGUUGUUAUACUCAAAGGAGAUGUGCAUCGCAGCGGUCAGCACAAAGCUCGGCGUUCCGGUGGGCGUAGGAAAGCUCCCCGUAAGCCCAAAGAGCAGAAGUAUCAAGAGAAGCCAACCUGUGGUGCGAGCAUCGGGGCUUUCCGCGAUAACGAACACCUCCCUCCCUGCAGUUUUGGUGGUACGGUCCUCGUCGACGGCGAACCUUUUGGUAUGACUGUUCACCAUAUGCUCGACGCCCCUUCCGACUCCGAAGACGAGGACGAGUACUCGAGUGAAGAGGAGGAGAACAAACCCAAACGGUCUGCUGCUAGAGGCCCGUCGCAAGCUCAGUUGUCCGCUAGGAUAAGCUCCGAGGCUGAUUUCGGUCACAUGGAGGGCAGCCUUGCUGUCAGCGAUGAAGAAGUUGAUCUGAACUCGGACCUCGAGCUAUCACCCGAUGAGGGUGAUGACAUGCUGGAACUAUCAGACACCGAAUCAGAAGCCUCCACCAUCCGUCCCGACUAUGCUAUUACCGACGACUCCGGGACCGACCACUGGUUUCUCGACGAUUCCUCCGACACCACGACCCCGUCGCUCAUAGCAGACGACUUCUCGGACGAGGAAGACGAGGAUUUCGAUGACAGCGCUAGCAUUGGCGAUAAGCCUGCCGUCGUGCCAUAUAGCCUUGAGAGUGAGGAACUGGCAGUCACUCAGCCGGCACUUGACGAUGUUGACGAGGACUUCUUCCCGUCUGAAGAAGAUCGUGAUGAAGAUCAUCUCGCCAGCCACGCCUUCGGCCGUAUUCAUGCCAGCAGCGGCAUUCGUCGCGUUACACGCGGCAUGCUCAAGCAUGAGAUCGACUGGGCGCUCAUUCGCAUUGAGGAUGAGCGGCUGGACGUUGCCAACCUAAUCGCCUCUUCUUUCUCCGCAUCCAACUCGCCCAAGAAGCCCAGCCAGCCAUGUAAGGUACCUGGUUCGGUUGAGGCUUCUGCGGCUGCGAAACAAAUACGGGAUAGCAUCCCCACGCUUACCAGCAUCACACCAGCAAACAAGUUGAGCGGCCUCCCUGUCUCCUGCCACGCACGUUCGAGUGGAUUCACUAGCGGCCGCAUUUCUCAAGCUAUGUGCCUGGUGAAACUUCAUGGCCGCCGCAGCUUCAGCUAUAGUUGGUGUGUUGACAGCACUCCUUCACAGCUAUCGCGUGGUCCUUCUGUUCCUAUGACGGCUCCUCAGCGAAGUAUCGCCGCCCUCAACCAGAUGGCUGCCAAGCAGCACGUUGCGUCUGGCGGUAUCCUUGGUGUUCCUGGCGACUCUGGUGCGUGGGUCUAUAACCCCAAUACGGGGGAGCUGGCCGGCCACGUUCUCGCUUACGGCGAGAAGCUGAAGCAGGCGUACAUUGCACCGAUGGAAGUGCUUUUUGAAGACAUCAAGGCGCGACUUGGUGCGGCAAGAGUGGAAUUGCCAGGUGGUGCAGGUGUUGUGUGCGAGGAUGAGAAAGAGAACAUUGAUCGGCAGAUUAAGGAAGUAUCGGCAGGCUUGAAGCAGCUGGGCAUUGAGUCGAGCAGUAAGCGGAGCUCAGGAACUGAAACUGGAAACACAAUGGCAGGUGCAAAGAAUAAAGACGUCAACGUCAACGUAGGCGUUGGAGAUGUGGAUGUGCCACCGGCUGUGGGCAGAGUUGCUGUCGCGGGGAGUUCGUGUUGA